AUGACAGGAGUUGCAGAAAGUUCCAUCGAGUAUAGCCCAACAAAGACCAGUACUGACCCAAGUAUGACAGGAGUUGCAAGAAGUUCCAUCGAGUAUAGCCGAACAAAUACCAGUACUGCAUCAAGUCAGACAGGAAUUGCAGAAAGUUCCAUCGAGUAUAGCCCAACAAAGACCAGUACUGUAUCAAGUAUGACAGGAGUUGCAGAAAGUUCCAUCGAGUAUAGCCCAACAAAGACCAGUACUGUAUCAAGUAUGACAGGAAUUGCAGAAAGUUCCAUCGAGUAUAGCCCAACAAAGACCAGUACUGUAUCAAGUAUGACAGGAGUUGCAGAAAGUUCCAUUAAGUAUAGCACAACAAAGGCCAGUACUGUAUCAAGUAUGACAGGAAUUACAGAAAGUUCCAUCGAGUAUAGCCCAACAAAGACCAGUACUGAAUCAAGUAUGACAGGAAUUACAGAAAGUUCCAUCGAGUAUAGCCCAACAAAGACCAGUACUGAAUCAAGUAUGAUAGGAGUUGCAGAAAGUUCCAUCGAGUAUAGCUCAACAAAGACCAGUAUUGUAUCAAGUAUGACAGGAAUUACAGAAAGUUCCAUCGAGUAUAGCACAACAAAUACCAGUAUUGUAUCAAGUAUGACAGGAAUUACAGAAAGUUCCAUCGAGUAUAGCCCAACAAAGACCAGUAUUGUAUCAAGUAUGAUAGGAGUUGCAGAAAGUUCCAUCGAGUAUAGCCCAACAAAGACCAGUACUGUAUCAAGUAUGAUAGGAGUUGCAGAAAGUUUCAUCGAGUAUAGCCCAACAAAGACAAGUAUUGUAUCAAGUAUGACAGGAGUUGCAGAAAGUUCUAUCAAGUAUAGUACAACAAAGACCAGUAUUGUAUCAAGUAUGACAGGAAUUACAGAAAGUUCCAUCGAGUAUAGCACAACAAAGACCAGUACUGAAUCAAGUAUGACAGGAAUUACAGAAAGUUCCAUCGAGUAUAGCCCAACAAAGACCAGUACUGAAUCAAGUAUGAUAGGAGUUGCAGAAAGUUCCAUCGAGUAUAGCUCAACAAAGACCAGUAUUGUAUCAAGUAUGACAGGAAUUACAGAAAGUUCCAUCGAGUAUAGCACAACAAAUACCAGUAUUGUAUCAAGUAUGACAGGAAUUACAGAAAGUUCCAUCGAGUAUAGCCCAACAAAGACCAGUAUUGUAUCAAGUAUGAUAGGAGUUGCAGAAAGUUCCAUCGAGUAUAGCCCAACAAAGACCAGUACUGUAUCAAGUAUGAUAGGAGUUGCAGAAAGUUUCAUCGAGUAUAGCCCAACAAAGACAAGUAUUGUAUCAAGUAUGACAGGAGUUGCAGAAAGUUCUAUCAAGUAUAGUACAACAAAGACCAGUAUUGUAUCAAGUAUGACAGGAAUUACAGAAAGUUCCAUCGAGUAUAGCACAACAAAGACCAGUAUUGUAUCAAGUAUGACAGAUCUAGAAGUUGCAGAAAGUUCCAUCGAGUAUAGCCCAACAAAGACCAGUAUUGUAUCAAGUAUGACAGGAGUUGCAGAAAGUUCUAUCAAGUAUAGUACAACAAAGACCAGUACUGAAUCAAGUCUGACAGGGGUUGGCGUAGGAGGUUCGGUCGAGUAUAGCCCAACAAAGACAAGUACUGAAACAAUGUUUGGUCACAAAAGAACUUCAUCCAUUCAACCAACACCGCUGAUAAUGAAUUCGAUAUCUUAUUCUGUCACUGACAAUGAUGACCCGAACACGACCUCACCUCAACGAAGCACAAGUACAGAGAAGAGCUUAACAAAAUCCAGUACAGCCCUGGCGAGUGUCAGUGAUUAA